AUGUCUCUUGUUAAAAGUCAAGAAGGUAUGACAGAUCUAAUACCCUGCAAUGAACAAUGUGGUGGAGAUUAUGAUUCAUAUUCUUUUGGCCAAAAUGAUGCAGAGGUAAUUAUUACGGUUCCUCUGCCAGAAGGAACAACUGGAAAGAUGCUUUCUGUGCAAAUUUUGACAUCCAAAAUAUCUGUAGGGAUAAAAGGGAAAGAACCUCUUAUUUCCGGAGAACUUUACAAGCCUGUGAAGGCAAGUGAGUGUACAUGGUGUAUUGAAGACAAAAAAACACUGGUGAUUACUCUAGUGAAAACGAAUCUUCAGUAUGAGGAGUGGUGGCCUUGUGUUACGAUUGGUGAAAGACAAAUAGAUAUGAAAACCUUUAAGCCUCCCAGUAAACACGUUUCUGAAUUAGAUGAAACUGCUCAGUCGACUAUUGCGAAGAUGAUGUUUGAUCAACGACAAAAAAUGCAAAAUCUACCAACUAGUGAUGAAUUAAAGCUCAUGGAGAUGAUGCGAGAUGGAAAGGGACCGCAUUAA